AGAAUGAACAAAUUUAAUGAAGAAUAUCGAAAAAUGGAGGAAGAUGCACAACGACGGCAUCAGGAGCUGAACCGACAAAGUUUGGAGAACGCCGCUGAAAUGAAGGAUUCCAGACGAAAAAUCUUGAAUAAGGAAUUUGAAGGUGCCAUCCUUAUAAAACAAGUGGAGCAUGAGACAAAGCAGGUUGAGAAGAAACGGGAAAAUUUGGAAAAAGGGCACAAAAAGGAAAUGAGGAAUAUGUCAGCUGACUUUAGGAAGAAGAAGAAUGAAAUUGAAAUGGAGCAACUUAAGUUGGCAAUCGGGAACCGUGUGGAGAACCACAACCAGCGAAAAGUGGAAGAACAGCUCAGAAACGAGCAAGAGCGAUUUCUCAAAAAACUGCUCAAGUAUCACACAACAACCGGAGCAAACCGAGACUUAUUCGGAGAAUUUCAAAAAGUAUUGAAGCCGUUCAACGAGAUGAUCGGCGAAUUACAAGAUAUAAAACUACGUUGUAUAACCGAUGGAGAUGCUGAUAACGGUUAUAUAGAGUACGAAGUGGAUUAUGUUGGACAGCUGAGACGUUCGGUUUAUACAGAAAUCGAUGAAUUUCGAGAAUACAUUGCGGACGAGAAGAAUAUUAGCAAAGAAAUCGGUAUUGCGUGUGCUAUUUACGUAAAAAAACUCGAGCGCAUUGCCGAUUGUAAGGAAUUAAAUUUGCUGUGCGAUCAACUUCAAGCUGCUAUCGAAGGAAAAAAUGGCGAAAUUAUUAAAACUUGCGAGAUUUUUAUCGACAAAUUCACCCAGAAAUUCGAAUCGAUCAGUAAUGGUUCAACGUCCGAUUUUCAUAGGCUUCGGUUGAAGGCUCCGGAGCGUGAUAUUCCUUCUUCGUCUACUCUAACAAUUGAGAAUUAAUUUCCAUUUACGUAUUUAUUUAUUGUGAAGUUUUAAAGUUUUAAAUUACAAUUUCCAUAAUAAAAGUUUAUUAUAACA